AUGUACGUGUGCGGAGACAGCGCCUCCGGCGCUGGUGCACGCUAUGAGUGCGCCUUUGAAGCCGCCGGUGCCGGUGGCAUGGAACAACCAACCUUUGAGGAGCACAUGUUCAGCGACUUUGGCAAAGAACGCCAUGUGCAAGUUGUAGUCGGUGCAGGCGGGGAGCUGCAAUAUCGUGACGAACUCCCUGUAUUUGCAGCCAGUAACGACCAAAAGCGAAAAGAAGAGCCCUUAUUGCUACAACCAGUUGAAACCACGCAAACACAACACACGUCGCAUCACCCACCUCCGCCACCUCAGCCGACAUCGAAGAAGAGUGACAAGAAAAAGAACGACAACAACGGUAUAAAGAAGAAGAAAACCAGGACAACAUUUACUGCAUACCAGCUAGAGGAACUAGAGCGAGCAUUUGAGCGGGCGCCCUACCCCGAUGUAUUUGCGAGGGAAGAACUGGCUUUGAAAUUGAAUUUAUCGGAAUCACGAGUACAGGUAUGGUUCCAAAACCGAAGAGCAAAAUGGCGUAAGCGGGAGCCCCCAAGAAAAACUGGAUACAUUGGCUCUAGUUCCCCAAGCUCUACUACAUUAGGCGGAGGUUUCUCGGGCAUUGGAGGGAAUUUACCUGCAUUUCCACAGAAUGGUCUGCCAGCUCCAGCUGAUUCGUGGUCUUAUCAACACUCGUAUGAGUUAUCAUCGCAUCAUUUACUAUCCUCAGGCGGUAGCGGCUAUCCUGCAUUUAAUUCUCAACCUGCAGCAUAUUCCUACACGACAGUCCUCAAUGGGCACGACGGGCAAAUGUUUGCACCACGACAUUCCUAUGAAUACGGUGAGGGUAGUCCGCCUCCUAUAGGCGUGCGUGAUUACCCUAUGAUAGCAGCCCAUUCACCCCAAAUGGAAGGUCAUCCACACGAGGAUAAGUUGGAUUACCGUAGCCAUGAACAUGAAGAUAAAUAUUCAGCGUGUGCUUUGCAAGAGGAGCCCCCUCGUUACGCAGCGCCUCCUGAAGACUAUGAAAAGUGCGGUAUGGUUCCCCAUGAUAAACAUUAUGAGAUGGAUCGGCACUCCGAACUCGCUCCUCCAGUCGUUGUAAAAAUGGAACCAAGUCAAAGUCAAGCUUACACAUCCUUGCCCCCUUUUUUGAACUGA